GCGUGAUUCUCCAACAAAUCAUUCUUCAAUGUGCGAGUAAACAAUUGCGAAAAAAGCAACGCACAUAAAAGCAGCGAGACGAUAACAGUAUGUCGUAAAGUAUAAAGCAAACCGACGCGUACACAUGUGUAAGGACUUUUGUUUUAUCGUUAAACUGCAUCGGUGAAAAGAAGACGAGUUUUAUUCUUGAUGAUGGAAGUUUAUUCAAUUUCGAUUUUUUUUCAACUAUUUUUCAAUGUACCGUUAGUCACUAAAAAUAUCGAUUAUACCUUAACGCUUCACAAGUUCCAUUCGUAAACAUUCAAGCUACUGCUUCGAGACGCCUUUUCCCACUCUCGCGACACGCGGAAGGAAACAAAAAACUGAGAACAAUGAUCCGAUAUACGUCCGACACAAAGAGUUGAUGGAAUAAAUCAAAGCAAAAGACUUUUUUUAGUGCUCAAUAGGCCCGAAGGAUAUUUCGCGUUCGAACUGCCAUACCAUAUUUGAUCAAGAGCGGGGUUCGACGUUUCGCGAAGCAUUGCUUUUCUCUCAACACACCACCACCACCACCAAUUCCAAGCUAUACCUUCGUCGUAGUCGAUUCCGUACGCGUUGUGUCGUUUUCGUUUCGUGUUUUGCGCCACGCUGGGAGAGGAGGAAAGCAUAGCCCCGAGCAGGGAGCGCAGAGGCAUAUGCCUUUCGGUGUGAACUUCACCGUGUGUGACAUCACGCUUCAUUGUUGGAGGUUUACGUCAUUCUUGAGAGCGGAGUCGACGCACACGCAAAUCCCUGCCCCGUGCCCUCCGGCCUUCCCCCACUAUCGAACACUGCUACACUAACGCCACCGUCGUAUCGUCUCGCUUGGAGCGCGCUUUCCCCCAACUACAUAUUCCCAACAACAACCAAGCAGACGCGCGAAACUUCCAUGUAAAACAGUUUUUUCGAGUUUUAUGCUUUACGAACAUUUGUACUGUCUCUGUAUAUCACAUUCGAAAAUUGCAUCUGCCAAAAAACUGCACAUCGAACAUAACAGCGUCUCGGGGGAAAAGGCAAUGGCGGAUAAAAAAAACUUUUAUAGUUGCAUAAAAAUAUCACACGGCUUCGAAAAAGUUUUUUAAGAAAAAACAUUCUGGAGAUUUGAAAAAAUGUAUAAUUAAACGUUCGCCGGAACUUGUUUUACGCGUGAAAUAUGAAAACUGCGUAAAAAAUAGAUGAAUUUGAUGUUUUCAUUUUUUGUCAAAAUAAAGAAGUUAUAAUCUUGGAGCAAAACAUAAUAAAAGCCUGAACCAAAACUUCCUCAAAAGUUUUUAGUUCGGCUCGUACGAAUCGAUGGAAAUGUUCGCCUCCACGCCAAGUUCUUUUAGCUUGACCUAAACUCAUGAAACCAGGAAGAAAAACGCGCAUGAAAAUCGAACGUGGGCGGCGUGACAAAAAAGUUGAGAAGGGCACGGUUCCUCCGCUCAGUAGUAAACCAAACUACAAUGAAUUUUCAUGUUCAAUUGUCAAUGGGAUUACACGGAUUACUGAAUCGGGAGAUAAUAUAUCGAAAUAGAGAUUUUUCGUGGUGGUAACAAGACACAAGAGGUGAGCGCUCGAAUGUGGAGGGAGGAAGCAGAUUUGAAAGAGGGGAGAAAGCGAGUGAGAGAGAGAGGCAAGAGACUUGUCAACGACACGACGACGUUUCAUGGAUAGCGCCAGGCAGUUUCUAGUCCCCGCGGGCCGAUAGACGAGUGCGCUCGCGUAUAAUCGACAUCCUCGCGCGUUGUUAUUCACGGGGAAAAGUGUUACUACAGUGUAUACUUAUAUAGUGUACAUAACGCAUAGUACAAAUCAAAUCCAACGUUUAUCGAUUUUGUUUCUUAUUCUGAAAAUAUUGUUGUGUAAAACAAAGAAACAUAAGAACAUUUAAAUAAAUAACAAGAAAUUUGAUCCUAUCAAUGUGCUUUUUCAAGUAAAUAACAGUCACUGUUUCCUAUAUGGUUUUGUUAUUGUUUCCGCAUUUUCUUUAUUUCCCGCGAACGGGUGUUUUCCCGCGGUGACAUACACACGAACGCACACAGCGCCGCAAUUCGAGAGCGCUACUUCUUUCAUUUUAAAUAUAACGGUGUAUAAAUAAGUAUGAGCAAUAGCGGGAGUACGCGAGGCUGUCGCCGAUGAUUUUGCGGGGCCAGAGCGAGAGAGUCAUUAUAUACACGCGAUUGCUCGGAUAUCUUUCUCUCUCUUACACUCUAUAACGAAAGCGUCUUCUGUACGCGCCACGAUCAACAAUUUUUACUCACAUAAACAAAUGAAAUAAAAGUCAUUUUCUUUUCGACAAAUACGAAAAACUGUUUGAAUUCAAAUAAAAACGGAAUAUCAGAUGAGGUCGACACAGACUUCUCUUUGGAUGCUGACAUCGUCCACAUACGUCGUUCUUUGUACGUGGACAUGCAGCGUCGCGGCUCUCCCAUCAAGGAAAACAACUUGAGGAUUCCUCCGAACAGGAAGUGCAACAAAAAAAUUAAGGACACCCAUAAGCUUUACGAAGAGAGCUACUUUGAAUAAUGGGGGCAAGGUUUUAUCUGGUGCACGUCAAGGCUGCUCCGAAUUGCCAGACUCCGAGUCUGUGCAAAUCGGACAUUCGUGAUGCGGUGGUUUCCACAUUGGUGCCAGCUGCGAAAAAUGCUGAGUCUCACUAAGGACUGUUCAGAGAUCAGUCCUGACGACUGUAUAAUGUUUGGGAAUUUCUGUAUAUUUGCCACUAAACUUGCACACCUGUGCGAGAGAGGGCAACAGCCGGAACGGGAACGUUUGUGAUUUAAUUAAGGACGACAUUAGCGACGAUGAAGCGUGGAGCACUGAUCCCCAUUGCAAAAGGAUUUGAUAUUUGGAAAGCAGCCGUUCCUAUGAGCGCCUCUCACUCGUUACACUGUGAUGGAAAGGAUACUAAUUACCGAAUUGGUACAAAGAGGAUGGCGUAUGAAGUAUUUUUGGGAGGAUCCUGUAAUCCCACCACCUGGAGGUCAGAAAUAGCGAUACCGACGCUCCAAUCUCUUGGCAUUACUUACUAUAAUCCUCAAGUCUCGCAAUGGGGACCGGAGCUAAUAGCUCAAGAGUACGAGGCGAAACAGACGGCUCGUGUUUUGUUAUUCGUAAUAGACAAUCAAACGCGAAAUACCGCUGGUAUAAUCGAAGCAGCUCAGUUGGCGGCAACGAGGAGCGAUUCAUUGGUUCUAGUGAUUUAUCCGUACAGGCAAGGUCAAGCGAUCCUCGGCGAGACAGUAUCUACUCAAGAAUAUUACGAUUUAAUGAAUGGACUCCUGAUCCUCGAAUACUUUGUGGAGCGACAGAGAAUUCCCAUUUUCGAAAGUGUAUCCGUCGCUCUCAAUGGCACGUCCAAGAUUCUUCGGGAGGCGAUCAACGUUCAGGAUCUGAAUCAAGAGGAUGGAAUGAAGCCUGCGAGGAUUUCACUGACUCAGAAUGGAACUGAUAUAAUAUCUUUGCGAGAAAUCUUCAAAUCAUUGGACACAAACGAUACUGGUGCAAUACGUUUGAAUGAGGCUUUGGUAACGCUGCAGUCGAGUGCGAAGUGUAAUAUGUCGGUGUCCGAACUGCUUAAUGCCGUGAAUAAAUCAGAUACGCAUGAGGCUCUGAUUAAAAAUGUGACGAACAAAGACGAUAGUCCUGAGCAGAGAAUAACGUUCGAUCAGUUUUGUGCCCUUUCGAGCGAAUGGACGAGACGCACGAAAAGCAACGGGAGUAAUUGUGAAAGUGAGAUACCUUCAGUUUGGAGUAUAUUAUGUAGGAAGGCCUCAAAGUUCAUACGACGAGCUUUCGUACACCCCCUUAAUCGUUUCUUAGAUUGGACAAACUCGCUCAUACCGGAAUCGGAAAAGAGAGAUUUGUAUAUCGGAGUCGUUGGCAAAGAUCUGUUUUGGUUGGAAUCUUCGGCAGCGCCGCUAAUCGAAUCGAUGGGCUUAACGUUGCAUCGGCCGAACACGAACGAGUAUACGGUGCGGUCAAUGCCGCAGGAAGUUCAGCGGAUGAAAAAUUCGCGGCUUAUUUUGCUCAUUGUGCCGCAACAUUCGCGUGGUAUAGCAAUCAUGACAUUGGCAGCUCACUUGAUCGGUUUACGCGCUAACCUCGUUUUGUGCGUUCAAACGAUGCCGGAAGGCUCUGUCAUUUCCGGUGAAAAGCUCACCGAGCAAGCCACGAAAGACUACAACCGAGGUAGAAUGUACCUGUCGGACUACGCAAACCGCGAAGGUGUACCUGUUUUUCAGAAUAUCGCUGAUGCGCUACAGCACGCGAUACAGCUAGUUCAAAGUCCCUGUUAACUCAACGCCUUCAUUCUAUUUUAUUUUCCAUUUCCCCCACUCCCCGACUCACCCCUAUUAUUUUCUUUUCGUACCUUCAUUCGUUUCCGGUUUCGUAAAAUUGGAAUAAUUCGACGACUAAUUUAUUUUUCUCACAAACCGUAGAUUAAAGAGAUUUUUUUUUUUUUUACUCUUAUUACCUACCAAAAAAGGCACUAUUCGAAUGGAAAAUUAUAUCGUCUGAUUACUUUUUUUCGAUUAAACAAUUGAACUAGAUCGCUGCUAAAAAAUAUGAAUGUUCAUUGUAAGAAUUUUAGCUGUAAAUUAUUCUCGAUUAGUGUGCAACAAGAAGAAAUAGUAGAAAUCAUGUUUCUGCACGAUAUUUAAUAAUUGUUUGAUUAUACAAAAAAAAAGUUUUGAAAUAUCUUUUUUCAUUCGGAUGGUGACCAUUUUUUCAUACAUGCCACAUGCUCUACCACAUUCGAGACCUCUUGCACUUGCUACACGAAACGAAAUACGAUGACAUAAGUACGCUUUAAAUACGUACAUAUUAUUUUUAAUUAGACUUUAUAUCACAAAAUGUUUCACUACAUUUUCGCUAUAACUUGUUGGAGAAACCGAAUUUUCCUUUGACGAAUCGUUCAUUAGAAUCUUGUCGAUGAAGAAAACAUAUUUUUUCUUUUAUCCUAAAAUUGGACAGCGGUUUCAAUCGCCAAUCACUUCUGAUGCUUUUGUGAUGAAGUUGUUAUGAUUGGUGAUCGAGAAACGGUAGGAAUUUCUUUCUGAUAUGUGGAGACGAAACGGUAUCUUUUUUACGGAACAAUUUAAGUUAUUUAUUUUACGAGAAAUCUCCUUCCGGUGCGUAAUUCAAAGCCUUUCAUCAGUAGCGCGAGUGCGAGAGAGAUAAUUAAAAAGCGGAUGCACGUUUUUCUUGGACGCGUUCGAUAUUUUGAGAAAAAUAAGUUUUCCUUGACCCUUCGACGAAAAGAGAACUUUUCUUUUGACAAUAUUAUACUUGUCCGAAAAAAAAGUGUAGGAGGAUUUUUACCGACGGUACGACUGAUAGAUCACUCUAAUGAAUGUUGUUUUUAUUGUGAUACAAGAUUACUUGCGAAUUUGACCUAUAAUCUCAUUUGAUCGUUUUUCACGAGUGGGAAUCUUCAAGCAGCCAUUUUCAUAUGGUAAAAAGCCUUUUCUCAAACUUGAAUGCGGUCGGAAUAAUUCGCUCGAAUUGAGUGUUCGUGGAAAAGUAUGAUUUUCACUGAUGUACAGAAAAAAAGUUAGAUUUUUGUAUGGUUUCUCCACAAUUCAGCUACUAAUUCCCAAGACUACUUUUAUUGUAUUAAGAUUUAAAAAAUAGGAUUUAAUGAUCGAUAUUUGUAAUGCGAAUCGUGAAAUUGCGAGAUUCACGAUAACGGGACUUUUACGAAUUCGACGACUUUUCUCAGGAAAUUUUUAUGCUCGUUGUGUUGGUGUAUUUGUUUAUCCUUUUUCUUUCGAAAAGACUGGAAUAAGGCAGCGUACUGAAUUGUUCAGCUAAUUUGUACGAUUUAAUCGACCAGGUACGUCGAUGAUUGAUGCGGACACUAAAAGGAAGAGAGAAGGGAGCGAGAGAGAGAGAGAGAGAGAGGUCUCGGUAGAUAGACGAUUGAUCUUUUUUUAAUUGAUAGUAACUUAACGUCACACAACUUUUUUGUAACCUUUUUGGUAACUGGUUGAGGAUUGAUUUCAUUUAAGUGUAUAUAUUGUUUUAGUUGUCUCUAACUGAUGUAAUGAUACUUGGUUUUAUCUUGUAAUGUCAAAAGCCGUGGAAUUCAUGGUGAUUUUUAUAGGAGACAGAAAAAAUGAAGAAUUUUGUGGAAGCGUGAAAGGUCGCGUAUCUAUGACACUAUUUGGUUUGUACAUGUGCGUGUAUGAGUGAAUGACCGAGUUUGAUUUGUGAAUGGUACGACGAAAAGUGAAUUGUUCGUCUCGACCGAAAUACAAGGAAGUGUGGUGAACGAAGCCUUUCGAUGAUGUCAUUAUUUCCGUACGUGGGAACGUAUUUUCGAAACAGCGAGUGUGUGAGACAAAUAGAGAAAGAGUGAACGAUAGAUAAAAGUUAGCUAAUGCAAAAUCUCCGAUUCGUAUCGACGCUCAGAGACCUUAUUAUACCUGUUCGUUUGAACACUACUGGCGGCUCAAAAAAAAAGAAACUUUUACUAUUAUACUUACUUUUGUUCGUCCAUAAUUACUUUCUUUUUCGUUCGAAGUAAUGUCACGUAACAGAUGUUUCGACGCUACGAACUCUCCCACAUUUUUAAAAUAAAAAAAUGAAAAUAUAUUCACUUGGGCUAUAAAAGUA